GAGCCUCCUCCAGUCACCGUCUACUUCCCCUCCGUCACGCCACGUUCCUUAGGGUUUCUUUCCCACGGGGUCAUUCAGAUUUGGAAUCCACUCACUUUGAUCCCUUUAGAGCUUCUCCAAAGUGAUUGAUCACGCGAAAGUGCAAAGAUGUCUGUGACAGCAGGAGUGAGUGAAGCCGCACUUGCCACACGUGCCAAACUACGAGGCGGCAUUGGACAGACCAAAGUGAAAAGAUACUGGCCUGGUAAAGCUCCCGAAUGGGCCGAUGAAGCCGAGGAAGAUGAGGAUGUUAGAAUGCACAAGGUCGACGCUUUGGAUCGAAAGAAUGAUGAUUAUUCAGGUGUUGCUAUAAAAGACGAUCCAAGACUACGUCGUUUAGCUCAGACAAGAGGUGAGAAUCGUGAAGAAGUCAGAGCUGAUCAUCGACGUGUAAGACAAGCUGAGAUUGUAUCCAUUGAAGAGGAGGAAUUAAGGAAUAAUCAAGAAGAGGAAGAAGAAGAUGAAGAUGCGUUGGAAGAAAGAAGGAGAAGGAUUAGGGAAAAGAAUCUCAAGAGAGCUCAAGAGGAGGCUCCUGUGGAGGAGGAAGAAGACGAGUUGGAGGAUGAGGAGGAUGAGGAGGAAGAUGAGUCUGAGUACGAGACUGAUUCUGAAGACGAUAUGCAUGGUGGUAUUGCAAUGAUCAAACCUGUUUUCGUACCGAAAGCUGAGAGGGAUACUGUUGCGGAGCGUGAGAGGCUUGAAGCAGAAGAGCAAGCUUUGGAGGAGUUGGCAAAGAGGAAGCUCGAGAUGAGGAAGAUAGAGACGAAGCAGAUAGUUGUUGAGGAAGUUAGGAAAGACGAGGAGAUACGUAAGAACAUGUUAUUACAAGAAGCAAACGUUGGAGAUGUUGAAACCGAUGACGAGAUCAACGAAGCUGAGGAGUACGAAGUGUGGAAGACGAGGGAGAUCGCUAGGAUCAAGAGAGAGCGUGAUGCGAAGGAAGCUAUGUUGAGAGAGAGGGAGGAGGUAGAGAAGCUGAGGAACAUGACGGAGCAGGAGAGGAGAGAGUGGGAGAGGAAGAAUCCGAAAGCUUCUUCGACUCAACCGAAGAAGAAAUGGAACUUUAUGCAGAAGUAUUAUCAUAAGGGUGCUUUCUUCCAAGCGGAUCCUGAUGAUGAGGCGGGAUCUGUGGGGACUGAUGGUAUAUUUCAACGUGACUUCUCUGAACCAACGGGUGAAGAUAGGUUGGAUAAAUCGAUAUUGCCGAAAGUUAUGCAAGUCAAGCACUUUGGUCGUAGUGGGAGAACUAAAUGGACUCACCUUGUCAAUGAGGAUACAACAGAUUGGAGUAACCCGUGGACUUCUAAUGAUCCUCUACGAGAGAAAUACAACAAGAAAAUGGCAGGAAUGAAUGCUCCUAUUGAGAAACCAAAGGGGAGCAAGAAGAUGAAAGAUUGGGAGAAGAAAUAA